AUGAGCACCGAUCUUGGCGGCGAAGCGCCCAGCUCAGCGUUGCAUAGCCGUCCGGAGCCGCUGUACGUACCGGGGAGCCCGCACUCGUCACGCACGUUCAAGUUCCUCGAUCGAGUGAAUCAGAAAUACGGUUUGCAUCUGGCCUCGUACUCUGAUCUCUAUCAGUGGUCUACGGGCAAUGCUCUCGACGAGUUCUGGAGCACCGUAUGGGAUGAAACCGACAUUCUGGGCGUCAAGGGCGGACACAUCGUGGAUACGUCCGCUCAACCGGACGCCAACCCCACCUGGUUUGCUGAUGCUCAGCUCAAUUGGGCUGAGAAUAUGCUCUGGUGUCGGGCAGCCGAUAAAUGUGCUCUUAUUGAAGCCACGGAGCCAACUCUCGAAGACCCAGAGCCCGAGCAGAGGCGUAUCACGUAUGCGGAGCUCUACGACCUGGUCGCGGAUCUUGUUUCCGCUCUGCUGUUGCGCGGCCUCCGCCCCGGAGAUAGAGUGGCGUCAUAUUCAUCGAACUGUAUUGAGAACGUGGCUGCAUGCCUCGCUGCCACGGCAAUAGGAUGCAUUUGGGUCAGCGCCGCGGCCGAUUUUGGUCCCAUGGGCGUGCUCGAACGCUUCGAGCAAGUACAACCGAAGAUCAUAUUCUCCGUGGAUGCGGUAGUGUACAACGGCAAAGUCCAUCACCAUCUUCCAAAACUAGCCAGCCUCCUCGACAGCCUGAAGAAGCGUGUGCCAGAGAUGCCACAAGUGGUGGUAAUCCCCAAGGUGUCAUCCACAGUGCCCGUUUCCCGUGGCUGGGAGAACGGGUGGAUCAGCUGGAGGGACUUCGUCGAUAGUGGGACGAAGUGCAGAUUAGGCAGGACACCAGAUGGGGAGAUAGAGUGGAGAAGGCAGAGCUUCGAUUGGCCGCUAUGGAUUCUCUUCUCUUCGGGGACCACAGGCCGCCCGAAGCCUAUCGUUCACCGGGCAGGUGGCAUGCUUCUCCAACUACGCAAGGAACUGGCUAUUUGUGCGGAUAUCGGCGCGGAGGACGUUUUCUUCUACUAUACGACGACAGGAUGGAUGAUGUGGAAUUUCCUCGUUAGUGGUCUAAGCAUAGGAUGCACGCUUGUGCUCUACGACGGCAGCCCACUUCGCGACCCCGCAUAUCUCUGGCGCCUCGUUGACGAACUCGGUAUCACUAUAUUCGGAACAAGUGCCAAAUACCUAGACCAACUUUCGAAAGGAUACCGUCCAGCUGAGCAUCACCGCCUUUCGACGUUAAAGCAUAUUUACUCCACGGGCUCGCCCCUGGCCCCACUCUCAUACGACUAUGUAUAUUCGCAUAUCAAGAAAGACGUUCUUCUCGCGUCUAUCACGGGCGGGACCGAUAUAUGCUCCCUGUUCGCAGGCAUGUGUACUGCGCUGCCGGUAUAUCGUGGUGAGAUUCAAUGCCGGGAACUGGGUAUGGCUAUCACGGCCUUCACGGAGACUGGGACGCCGUCCGGUCCUGACGAAGCGGGGGAACUGGUGUGCUUGAGGCCAUUCCCGUGCAUGCCGGUAGGCUUCUGGCCCCUGCCGGGGUACGGAACGGAAGACGCUGUGCGGGCGGCUCAAGUCAGGUUCCAAGAGGCCUAUUUCAAGUCCCAGUGUCCAGGCGUGUGGUACCAUGGCGACCAUGUUCUCAUCACUGAGUCGCGUGAAGGCAAUGGCGGUGGGGUUGUUAUGCUCGGGCGCAGCGACGGCGUUCUGAAUCCCGGCGGCGUUCGAUUCGGUUCGGCAGAGAUAUAUGAUGUGUUGGACGCGUGUUUUGCGCCUUCACGAGACCGCAGCGCUACCGAGACCAUCGUUGACUGUUUGGCUGUGGGGCAGAAAACCGAAGGCGGAGCUGAUGAACGGGUUGUCCUCUUUAUCAAGUUGCAGGACGGCCAUCUAGGACUGACAAAGGAGCUGGAGCAAAGUAUCAAGGCCGAAAUUAGAACGAGAAGGAGCCCCAGGCAUGUCCCUGCACGCAUCGUCCAGGUAGAAGACGUGCCCUACACACUUAAUGGGAAGCGGGUGGAGGUACCUGUUAAGAAGAUCAUCAAUGGCGCACCGGUAAGCAGCGUCAAUCCGGCCACAUUACGGAAUCCAGAAUGCCUCGACGAGUACACAGCGAUCGGCGAAAGGCUUAGAGCAGAAGAUCUGUAG